GGCUGUGAAGACCAGGACGUCUGCGGCUGAGCUGGGAGCCUGGCCCCCACCCACUGCCCGGGGACACAGGGCCUCGCACCAGGCGCAGUGGUCAUGGCUACCACAGGGUCCUCCCGGAUGUGGGUGCUGAGCAUGGUGAUGACGGUGCUGGUUCUGGGGGUCACAGAGCCUGUUCUUACAAAUGAUGCUGUCACCUGUAACAAUCCCUCUGACAAGGAGACGUCUGGAGACAGCCGGGACGUGGACUCCAGGGCCCGGGAUGACUCCAGAUCAGAUAGCAGCCCCCGCAUUGUGAAUGGGUCGGACUGCGAUAAGGACACUCAGCCAUGGCAGGCCGCGCUGCUACUGGGGCCCAACAAGCUGUACUGUGGGGGGGUGCUGGUGAACCCCCAGUGGGUGCUCACGGCCGCCCACUGCAGGAAGCCGGUCUACCGAGUCCGCCUCGGCCACCAUUCCAUGUCCCCCGUCUACGAAGCCGGGCAGCAGAUGUUUCAGGGGUCCAAAGCCAUCCCCCACCCCGGCUACUCCCACCCCGGCCACUCCAACGAUGUCAUGCUCAUCAAACUCAACAAGAAAAUCCAGUGCACGCACUCUGUCAGGCCCAUCCACAUAGCCUCCCAGUGCCCGUCUGCCGGGACCACGUGCCUGGUGUCGGGCUGGGGGACCACCACCAGUCCCCAGAAUAACUUUCCCAAGGUCCUCCAGUGCUUGAACAUCACUGUGCUCAGUGAGGACAAGUGUAAGGACGCCUACCCAGGACAGAUCGACAAAACCAUGUUCUGUGCCGGUGACGAGGCAGGCCGAGACUCGUGCCAGGGCGACUCUGGCGGGCCUGUGGUUUGCGAUGGCCAACUCCAGGGCCUCGUCUCCUGGGGCGACUUCCCCUGUGCCAAGCCCAACAAGCCCGGCGUCUACACCAAUCUCUGCCAAUUCAAGAAAUGGAUUGAGGAUACCAUUAAGUCAAACUGAUGGCUGCGCAGAGCCCGGCACACUGGGGGCCCCCACAGAAGCAGAAGCCCCAUUUCUUCCCAAGCAUGUCAAUCCUUCCAGCCCUCUCUGGGGCCCCCUGAAUU